AUGGACACAGCUGAUCAUGCUUAUGAGCAAAUCCCAUUUGGUGGAAAGGUUAUUGCUUUUGGUGUUAUCAGAAUAACAGAUAUGCUUAGCCAAAUUAAUGAAGUUGCUCUUAAGAUGUUUCCUAGAGACGACCGUGUAUAUACCUACUUGGACACAGCCAUAUACUCUAAUGACCCGGAUGUGGACAAUUCCAGAUACCCAUUCGAGUUUGACAACUUCCUCAUUUGCAGUAAAAAUUUACUAGAUAUACUAAAGUUGAAAGUUGAUAUGUCUCUUAUGAUCACGCGCGAGAUCGAUCCCAAAGCUGGCGUGUGUAAUGGCACCAAAGGGGUUUGUUUUCCGUCUCACAUGGUACAUAUCAGUAUAAAACGAUUGGAUCAAUGA